CCGGGACACGCGGACGCGGGUGGGGACGAGUCCGAGGGCGUCGGACAAAGGUUGGCCGUGUCGAGCGGCCGGCCGGCGGCGCAUUCACGACUCAAACAUGGCAGCUGCUACCAGCGUUGUCGUGCUCGACAGGGGCAACAACACCACCUGCACCAUCAAUUUACACGGAGCCACCGUGGUGUCCUGGCGAGUGAAUAAUCAGGAACAGCUGUUCGUUAGUAAGCAAGCUGUAUUCGAUGGGAAGAAACCUAUCAGAGGCGGCAUACCAUUCGUUUUCCCACAAUUCGGAGCAUGGUCGUAUGGGCCGGCCCACGGCUUUGCCAGAAUCAUCCGUUGGAAUGUGGAAAAGUCACCGGAACGAUUGCCCAGCGGGGACAUCGAGGCGAUAUUUUCGAUAAUGGACAGCGAAUGUACGCGACAGAUGUGGAAUUCACAUUUCAGAUUAACGUACAGGCUAAUAUUGCGCGAGAAGGAAUUGCACUUCAAUAUCGGCGUGUACAAUCCUAGCAGAGAUGACACGUUCAGCUUUAAUUUGCUCCUACACACUUAUUUCAAAGUGCCCGACGUCAGGAGAUGCCAAAUCACAGGGCUGCACGGGUGCACGUUCAUCGACAAGACUAGGGACAACCAAAUCUUUCAAGAAGGCCGCGAUGUUGUCACGGUGUGCGAAUGGACCGACAGGAUCUACCAGAACACGCAGCCGGAGCAUAUCAUCACGAAUGUCGUUUCCGGUAGAAAGAUGCGCGUGCAAAAGUACAACUUUCCCGACACCGUCGUAUGGAAUCCCUGGCAGGAGAAGGCACGCGACAUUCCGGAUUUCGGCGAUGACGAAUUUCCCAACAUGAUAUGCGUCGAGAGCGGACACGUCAGUAGUCCGGUCAUACUGUUGCCGGGGACGGCCUUUGAAGCGAGCCAGAUACUGCAGGUGAUGUGAGUAGAGAGUGGACCGACGUCACACGUCAGUACCGGAGGCAGUACCAAUUCGUUGCUCCCGACGUCCUCCUCAUCGUCCGCGGUCUGGCCAGCGGGCGCUGGCUGGCUCUACAUGCCGCCACCACCGCCACCUCCCCCGCCGCCACCGCCGCCACCCUUACCGUCGCAUCCAUCGCACCCAUCCCAUUUACACUCGCAUUGCGUUGCCCAAACCUGCACGAUAUGCUCUUUGAAUCUUUAGACACGCUGAGCAGACUCGCGGUCUGCAAACGCGAACGAGCUCUUGAAUCAGACGUUUUCUCGAAAGAUUUAUACGUAGACCACUGUACAUAGUGGAAAACGUAUCUUUUCUUUCGACAUAUUCGUCGAAGAAGUGGUGAUUCGCGUAAUAAAGCAGAGUAAUUUGGUUAAUCUUGUCGAAAAAUUUUUUAUUUCGUCGACUUUACAUCCGUUUGUUUUUACCUUUGCGCUUUGUCUGAAAAAAUUCAAAAUGGUCAACCGAAUCUCAACGAGAAUGUGAGGAAUCGAUCGAUCUGUCUCUCUUUGGUUUCCAAACAAUAAUAAUAAUGAUAAAAUGUACAAGAUUUAUAAGUGAGUUGUUUCCAGCAUCGUCCUCGCUUGUUUCGAUAAAGAUAACGUUAUCUCGCUUGCGACGUCUAUUGUUCUUUUAUCGAAGGUAUUGUAAAGCUACUACAGGAAGGUAUUCCUGUAGUAAAUAUUACGCAAAACAAAAUAGUAUCCUUUUAUUUGGUUUUCGAAGGACACUGUCCUAAAGAAACGAUCGUUCUAAAGUUUAAUCGAUCCGUUAUAAAUAUUUACAUAUACAUUCCACAUAUACCGCUAUUUAGAUGGAAAACAAAAGAGUGAUAUAUAUCACGUCUCUUAUUUCAUACUCAUCAUUUUUGAAUAUUAGUACACGAUACAUUGUUUAUAGGCAUAUAUGGCAUACAUAGAUUGGCAUGUAAGCGACUUUGCUACAUUCACGUGUGCGAUAAGACUUUCACUAUAAAUUUUUCCAAGUAUUGUGAUGUAGUUAUUUGUUAGUUUCGAUAAACGACGACUCUAUCGGAUUUAUUUGCUAUAAGAUAUAUAUUUGAAAUUCGUAAAAAGCAGGAAAUGCAUUUUGUGUGAUGUAUUUUGCGUUAUACAGAUACUAUCUGCAAUAUAGAAAUAUCAUAGAAACUUUCAGACAUAUAUUUUCAGGAUUAUUUAUAUAUUUAUAUAUAUAUAUAAUUAAAAAGAUAAUUGAAGAAAUUUAUAUCUUGUGCCGAAUCUAUUCCUUAUUAAACAAAAAAUGAAGUACAAAGCAUCUGCAGUAAUUUGAUUAAAAAAUUAAUUAUUAUGACAAAAAUGAUAAAAAAGUUUUCUUGUCAUUAUAAUUGUUUAGAGUAUCGAUUUUAUAUCAUUUUUUAAGACAUGAUGGAAACGCGCCCGCUUAUACUAAUGCAACAUGUACAUGAAUUUGUUCAAUUUGCAAUACAUAAUUUAUCUAUGAACAAUAUAAAAUAUGGUGCUACUGUUACGAAUAUAGUGUUGUAAUGAUAAAUAGCAAUACAUACACACACAGUAGAUAAGCUCAGUCGACAUUUCUCUGCAAUUUCAAAUAUAAUCUUCUUUCAAAAUUUUUUAUCCUGGAGAUAUCGCAUUUCGCGGUCACAUCUUUCCACGUGCAAGAAGAAACGUUUCAUCAUCGAAAUAGAUAUAAGUAAAUAUAUUUAUACCGUAACAUAUUGAUUGCGAUAUUAUUAUAAAAAUUAUACAUGUGUAUACGGAACAUUUGUAAAGACUAAUGAACAGGUUGACGAGGGAAAUAAUAUUCUGCCGCCCAUUUCUAGAUAAUUGUAUUAUCAUUGAGAGCUUAAGACACUCGAAAGCUUGAUCGAAACUCAGUUUAAGUGUGAUGGCGAGUUUAAUAAGUUAGUUGAAUUUUAUAUUGAAAUUCAUUAAAUUUUUGAACAAACCUCGAAUGUUUUACUCGAAUUCGAUAAUUGCGAAAUUGACAAAAGUAAAUAAGCGUAUUUUUUUUUAAUAUAAAUAUUUUACGUUACUAAAAAAGAAGAAUCAUUAUUGUGAAUUAAUAAAAAUACGCGAAAUUGAAAAAUUAAGUGUCGAUAAAAAGAGAAAUCGGCAAAAUCACGAGUCUAUUAUAUAUAUAUUCUUUUUUUUAACGAUAUAGCCAAGCACACGUGUGUAUUAUUCAUUAUCCGGAUAUACAUUCCAAGUGACAAUUUCUUACGUUAUACGUAUUCCCGAUGUCACUUAUGUAAUAUUAAAAACAAUAUCACGUGUAAAUUCUCUUCACAAAUAGACUAUCACGUAUUAGUAGUGUACCAUUAUAAUUAAAAGUAAAUGCUCAACAUAUACCGCGUUAUUCUUCGCAUAUUAUGGACUUUGAGAGCCAAAUGAAAUAAAAAGAAAAAAAAACACGAACGAAACGUUCCUGCUUAUAGAUGUGUUAGAAACGUGAAAAUACAGCCUAGUAAAUCCGAAUACGCAAUUAAUGUAACUAUCCGGAAUGAAAUAAUUCAAUUUCGGGAUUUUUGCGCUGAGUAUGCUAUACUCUCAAGAGGGUUUUGGUCUUUAGAGGCUAGACAAUACGUUCGUCAUUUAGUAUAGCGUACAUUCUCUUUCCCCACGCUGUUAGCGAUUAAGAUUCGGUCUUCCAUCCGCAGUGACGUUUAUCGAAUCGCAUCGUACACCAUUCUCUCAUUCGACUCAAUGUUAAUAAUCACGAAUAUUUGUAAUAAAGCGAAGUUAUGAAAAAAAUUCGCGAUUAAAAUUAGUACGUUAAGAAAGUGUACUCUUUUUUGGGAAAGUGCAAUAAAAAUAUGGGAAA